UUAUAUUUGGCAUAAUUAUACAAACAUUUAAAUAUGUGAGUAACAUUAAAAAUAUAUAAUAAUUAUGUUAAACAAAUGUCUACAUAUAUAAAUGUGAAAAUAUAUACCCGCACGGUUGUGCGGGUGGAAAUCUAGUUUGAAUUAAAGGCUGAUAACUUACCAUGGUCACUUAAAGCUAUAAACAAACUUAAUGUAUAUUAAAAUACAACGAGUGUGUUGUAAAUGAACAACAAACAUAAUCAUAAUGACUUUUCAUGCGAUAAUAAUCAAAAGUUUGAACUAAACUCAAAGUCGUCAUUGCAUAUUAAUAAACAAAUUCUUUUUUUUUACUAAAAUUAAUAAAUGUAUUCUUCCCCUCCCAUUAUAUUUAAUAUUUCAUUCUUCCAAAAUAUAGAUAAAUACUGAGAGAUUUGUUUCUCUUAAUGGAACAUCUCUCCAUGAGAACUCUUUAUAUAAGAAGAAGCAUACAUCUUUUCCUAAAGGCAAAGUUACAUCUUUUUCUAAUAAUAAUAUGGAAACAUUCCUAAGCUAGAUAUGUUUUCUUUUUUUUCUUUAACCCAUCAAACUUCACUUUAAUGAGUUAACUUGCUCCUCAAGUUAAUUGGAAUUAUCUAAUAUUCUCCUCUUUAAUUCCAACUUGAAUCUUAGGAAUGUUGAUCUUCUGAACUCCGAUGAACUUGCAUAGAUCGUUAAUAGGUGCAUCGCAUUUCUUCGAUACGAUGUUGCAUCAAAACGUGAGUAUAGAUGCUUCACUGCUUCUCCAUGACUCUCUUUUAAGCAUUUGAUGAUGUUUCGAUACGAUGUUGCAUCAAUCUCAACCUCCUCCUCUGCCUUUGAUACUUCCAAACUCGUGUGCAUCGGAACAUGAGUAUAGUUACAUGACUCCAUCUUCGUCUUGACAAGUAUACCUUGCGCGUAUCCUUAUUGUUUGAUGUGAAUGCCAUCAGCUCCUUGCGUUACUUCUAUACCAAGAUAGUAUGUAAGCUUCCCGAGGUCUGACAUCUCAAAUUUUCUUGACAUAUCAUUUUUGAAUUGCUUGAUAACUUUGAGUGAAGACCCUGUUACAAACAAAUCAUCAACGUAUAUAGCUAUGAUCAGAAGCUCCCCCUUCUCUUUAUUUUGAUAUACCGCAGGUUCCUUGGUGCACUUCGUGAACUCCAUCUCCUUGAGAACACGGUCGAGUUUGAUGUUCCAAGCUUUCGGAGCUUGACGCAAACCGUAUAGUGCUUUGCUAAGUUUGUACACAUGAUCCUCCUUUCCUUUUUCCACAAAGCCUUCUGGUUGAGUCACGUAUGCAUCCUCAUUUAAGUCUCCAUUCAGGAACACAGUUUUCACAUCUAAGUGAUGGAUCUCCCAUCCAUUAGUUGCUGCUAACGCCAAGAGUAGUCGUAUGGUUUCUAUCCGAGCAACUGGUGCAAAUACUUUGUCGAAGUCUAUGCCUUAUUGUUGCACGUAGCCUUUUGCAACUAACCUUGCUUUGUAUUUGAUCACGGUUCCAUCUGCAUUCCUCUUGAUCUUAUAGAUCCACUUCAAACCUAUCGGUUUCACACCUAUCGGCUUCUUGAUGAGCUUCCAGGUCUUGUUUUUGAUGAUAGAUUCGAUCUCUGCCUUCAUUGCAUCGAUCCAAGCUUGUAUCACUGCAGCUUCGAUGUAACUUUCUGGUUCACCAUCGAUGGUGAGCAAGAGUCUGCCACCUUCAACUUCAGCGAGUAGGAUGUAAUCAUCAAACCGCUUUGGUUUUCUAAUGUUACGGCCAUAUCAUGAUGUUACAUGAUGAUCUUGGUUUGCAUCGUUGUUCUCUGCUACUUGCUCUUGUUCACCUGCAUCUACAACUUCUUCUUCUUCUUCAUUAUUGUUUUGCUCUUCGUGGUGCUGGUGAUUUUGAUACUCAUCAUCAUCUUCUUCUUCUGUAACAUCAAUAUGAGGAAGCUUGAAUGAUUCUGGUUCUUCAUCCACGUUUUGCUGCGGUGUAUACGGUGCGGUGAGAUGUCUAGUUACACCGUUUUCUUCACAAAAACGAAUGAACUCAGAAGAUGUGAACUCUCCUCCUCUAUCGGUGCGAAAAGUUUUGAGUUGUAGCUUCGUUUGAUUCUCCACGUACUCCUUGAACUUUUUGAACCGAUCGAACGCUUCACUCUUCUCUCUUAGCAGCAUCGUCCACAUAUAUCUUGAGUAAUCAUCAAUUAAGAUAAAUACAUAUCUAUUGUUUGCUGGUGUUGAUGGUGAUAUCGGACCGCACAAGUCACCAUGUACCAACUCCAAUGCGUGUGAUGCUCGAUACUUUGCUUUAGGCGGGAAAAACUUCCGAGUUUGCUUCCCAACUAAGCAGGCGCUGCACACAUCUUUCUCGUAUAUCAACUGAGGCAUACCUACUACCAUCUCCUUGUCUACCGUAUUCUUCAUGACUCCAAAGUUCACAUGCCCUAGCCGUGCAUGCCACGUCCAUGUAACAUCAGUUUCUUGUAUUUGAAGACACUUCGGAUACUCAACCUCCAUUGGCGCCUUGUACAAUCGGUUUGGUUGCCUUGCAACUUGUAAUAAUAGCCUUCCACGAGGAUCUUUAAGCAUCAGUAGAUCUUCUUACAUAUUAACUUCACAACCCAUCUCGGUUGCUUGUCCAAGACUUAUGAUAUUGUGUUUAAGACUUGGGAUGUAGUAGAUAUCUUUGAGUGCUCUUCUCUCCCCUGUUUUUCCGAUGAAUGUGAUCGAACCUUUCCCAACAAUCUCGACGUUUGAUCCAUCACCGAAUUUGACUUUGCCUUUGAUGCUCUCAUCUAGGUUUGAGAAGAACUCUCUCUUGCCUGUCAUAUGGUUACUUGCACCAUUGUCAAGGUACCAUAUACUCGUAUUUCCAUCGCACUCAUCAAACCUCUUAGGAAACACUCUCUCUUCGUUGAGGAAUACUACUUCAUCCAUAUAUAAUGCAUGUGCUUCUUGUGUUUCCGUUAGGUUAGCUUCCUCUCUUGGUCGUGUUGGACAAUGUGACACGAAGUGCCCCAUCUUGUCGCAUCUCCAGCAUUUAACUUUGGAGUAGUCCUUCUUGGUCUUGUUUGAAGCUUCUCCUCCUUUGUUAUGACCAUCAGAACUAUUAUACUUUCCUCAUCCUCUUCCUCGCGAGUUGUUAUGGCUUCCACGACCUUGUGCAUUCUUCUUUACAAACAUUAGCUUCGAUUGAUCUUCAUCUUAGGUUUCUUCUUUGAUGCGUUCUUUAAAAGCCUUCAAUCUCCCAACAAUGUCUUCGAACCCCGUUGAAUUUAGAUCCAACACUUGUUCUAACGAAGCUACUAUGUGAAUAAACUUCGUUCUUGGAAGUCCCUUCAGAAACUUCUUUACCAGCUUUGAUGUUUCCAUUAUCUCUCCUAACGCGGCUGCUCUCGAUGCUAAGCCUGAAAGUUUUCCUGUGUAGUCAUCCACCGUGUAUGUGUCUGUCAUCUUCAGUUUGUCGAACUCAGACAUCAAAGUCUGUAACCUUGCUUCUCUCACGCGAUCAGCACCUAGGUUACGGGUUUUGAUAGUUUUCCAAAUCUUCUUCGAUGUAUCAUGUUCUCCUAUUUGAAGUAUCAGAGUUGCGCAGCGGAAGCGUGGUGGGCCCAUAACCCAAUUGUUGAGAUUGCGAAAUCUCGUGUCCAACUCUAUCUUAUCUUAUUAGUACGAUAUUAUCCACUUUGGGCCUUAGAGGUUGGCCCGCAUGGAUUUACUUUUGGUUUCCUUUCCAAAAGGCCUCGUACUAUUAGAGUUGGACAUCUCUUUAUAUAUUAGACACUCUUUGUCUAAUUAUCCAAUGUGGGACUUAGAUUGACAUCUCUUAUUCUCCCUUUCAAGCUAAGGACCACACACCUUGUGCCCUUUUCCUCUAGCGAAUCAUCUCGGUGCCUUGUCGCAUCUUCGACAUUCGAUACCCUUAGUCGCAAGGUUACUUUGAGUUUCUUUGAGGAUGCUCUUCCCACAAUUCCAGGGUAUUCUUGACUAAUCUCUGUCGAAUCUCCCUUUCCACCUUGAAGGGUUCCAUUCCUACUCGAAGGGUAUUUUGGUCUUCUUGCAGAUUUUCGUCAAACCGCUCUGAUACCAAUUAAAGUUGCACAAACACAAAGAUUAUAAAAACUAGCACUUCUUAUUAGAUUUAGAAACUCUCUCAAAACUAAACCUUUCAAUUGUGUUUCUCUUAAUGGAACAUCUCUCCAUGAGAACUCUUUAUAUAGGAAGAAGCUACAUAUUUUUCUAAGGGCAAAGCUACAUCUUUUUCUAAUAAUAAUAUGGAAACAUUCCUAAACUCUAUAUGUUUUCUUUUUUUUCUUUAACCCAUCAAACUUCACUUUAAUGAAUUAACUUGCUCCCCAAAUUAAUUGGAAUUAUCCAACAAAUACAAACAUAAAACACAUAAACUAAGAUUAAUGACACAUUCAACUAUUUGUUCACGGGCAUUUUUUCUUCCUUUCAUCCCGCUUUUCAUUUGUGUAUAGACCUUUGUUUUUUUUUUUGACUAAAUUGUGUAUAGACCUUUGUUUUUUUGUUAUUUUUCAAAACGAAAUUAGUUUUGAUCAAAAGUAAGACUAUUGUUUAUAUUUCUAUUUUUGUUUGUUUUUAAUAUUAUAACAUACAUGUUUUAAGCACGUGAGACUGUUUUUUUCAAACAAAUAUAUGUAUAUAUAUAUAUUUUUUUAAUUAAAAAAGAGAUAUUUGUUUAUUAAUUGAAAGAAAUCAUAUUUUCAAUAAAUGUUGCGGAUGGGAACAAUUUGACAUUGAAAUUUUUUUUUAUGAUAGUCAUUUUUAUGUUUUUGUCACAAAAAUAGCAUUUAAUAAAGAAAAUGACCAAAAUAAAUUUUAUUAAAAGGUAAAAAUAUGUUUUUACCCUAUGAUUAACUAAUUUAGACUUAGAGUUUAGAGUUAAGAGGUGAUGUUUUUUGGAUAGGGUUUCAAAUUAAAAAAAAAAUAAAAAAUAAAUAUUAAAAUUUUCAAAAUAAAAAGAAACUAUUUUGGUCAUUUUAUUUCUUGAAAACUAUUUUUGUGACAAAAACUUAAAAAUUGUUAUCCUAGAGAACUGCCCAUUGACAUUUGACAAAUAGAGUGUGACAAGAUUUUGUUGAAAGUGAUGAUUUAUAUUAUAGUGGUUAUCAUUACAAUAUAUAUGUGUGUGUUUGUUCUAAACUGCUAAUUAUAGGAUCUACUUAUUUAUCACUAUUUUUAUUUAAAACAACACUUUUAAAUUUCAAUUGCAACCAAAGUUUAGACUUUGAGUAAUUAAAAAUUAACAAAUUUUAAAUAUUUAAUGUUAAUAAUUUUAACACACAAGUUUUCAUAUUUUGUAAGAGAAUCUGAUCAUGGUAUUGGAUAGAGACGACCAGAUCAAUCAACUAUAUUGAAUGCGAAUUUUCAUGGCCGGUAUGAAAGAACGAAAGAAAUAAUGAAAAUGAAAAACACAAGGCUACUACAUUCUACUUGAAGGUACAACUUUAUUGAUACGAAUAUUUGAUUUGUUGCUGUUGGCUGUCAAAGACAGAGCCUUUUAAGAUGUCGUUUCCACUUCCUAUUGAUGAAUAUUUGUAUUCUUAUCUAAUAGUAUCACCAAACUUUAAAUUUAUAACUUGGACCGUUGUGAAUUAUACUUAUAUUAAUUAUUUACUCUGUGUACAUGUUGUUAAUGCCGUGCGAUCACAAGUAUUUCACAUCAUUGCUCACUGGCUAAAUAUCUAAUCAUCUCUAGUAUCCAUUACCAUAAGAAACCCACUAGAAUUCAAACUUAGAUUUGGUGGAAAAUAAUAGACGGAUAAAAUCAUGUACAUCAUCAAAGCAAAGUUACAACGAGAUCAGAUAAAUUUUAACGUCUUACAUCGACCAGAAUUCACAAUAAAAAAAAAUUAUGUCUCAAAUUUAGAUUCAAAAAUGUAGUGAGAAUUAUUAAAUAUAAUUGCACUUAAAGAUACAGUAUUAUAUCAGUAAAAGAAAGUUAUUAUGUAGAUAUUUUACUAAAUUUCUUUGAGAUGCCACAAUUUACAACUUAGUAGCUUAUAGGAGCUCUGCACAUUAUUUAGAGGAUACUCCGUCCGUUUCAAAAUAUAAUAUGUUUAAUUAAAAAUAUACAUUAAAAAUUUAUAUUUUUGUAUAGAAAAUAUCAUUAAAACUAUAAAUUAAUGGUAUUCAACCAAUUACAAAAUAUAUUACUAAAUAUGAUACACAAUUUUUAAUACAGUAAAAAAUUACCUAGAAAAAUAAAAAUAAUUUCUAGAUUGGAACAUCAAAAUUCUUUAAAACAUCAUACACUUAGGAACAUAAUGAGAGUAUUAAUUAUCGUUAAUUGAUCUGUUGUUUGCUUUAUGUUUUUUUUAGUUGUUUCUUCAGAUCUCUCUCAACCUCACAUUGUUGUUUCUUUGUCGUUUACAUGGAUGCAGAAUUACCGAUUUGGUUACAAAGUCAACAUGAAUCUAUAAAUUCUUUGCUGUAAAAAAAAAAAGAUAAAGUGAUUGCAUUUAAUUUCUAAGAAUACUUAAUAACUUAAUAACCUAGAAUUGAAAGUCAAGUGCAAUGUUAAAUACGCGUAUUUACUACUCCGGGGACAAAAGGGCUUUGAAUUAAAACCGAUUCAUAGCACGAGAGACACCUUGCCCAAUCAACCUAUUUACUGACCCUUUCAUGUUUCCUCUUUUAAACUUCAUCUCUAGAGAUUGUAAUAGACCAGCAGAUGACCUUGCUAACAACAUCUCCAAAAGACACUCUAUAACUUCAAAUAUGAAAUUUUUUACUCUUCAAAAAUAAAUUUCAUAACUUCAAAUUUGAAAUUUUGAGGAGUAAAACUCUAUAUUUGAAGUUUCACUUCUCAUCAUAUUUAUAUUUAUAUUUUGGUCCCUACAAUUACACAUCACAUUUAUAAUUCAUAAAUAUUUUAUUGUUUAUUAUAUUUAAUCCUUAUAAAAAUUAUAUCUCAUAAAUAUUUUUAAGUUUUAUUUACAAAAUUUAAGUUUACACAUAAAAUUAAAUAAAACUUUAAAAGAAGAUUUAAAAUAUUUAAAACUAGAUUUAGAUAACAAAAAUAUACUAAAGAAACUUAACAAAAAAACUUUUAAAAAAUUACAUGAAGACAUAAUUAUCACACGAAUUUAAAUAUUACAACAACGCUAAUAAUCAGGUAAGUUUGAUCCGGAACCUUUAAAAUUUCCAAAUAUUGUCCAAUUUUUUUUGUGUAGCUGAAGAUGGUUGUUGUUGUUGUUGAUGAUAUCUUUCCGUACAAUUCUUUCUUGUUCAUAUUGAAUAUAGUCACGAGUAUUAAUAUCAUCGAUAAAAGUUAGUGUUUUAGCAAUAUUUUAUGUUUCUCUUUUACUUUUUUGUUAUGAUCUAAUGUAUUUACAAGUAUUAAUAUCUCCUAAUUUCAAUAAUUGUAAUCUCUAAUCUACAAAUUAAAAAUGAGGAGAGCUAUUUUUACUUCGAAAUGCACUAGUAUAUCAUAUAUUCAUUACGAAAAUCACUUUAUAGAAUAAUAUGGUAUUUUGUUUGAAGUUUAAUAUUAACUAAGUUAUUUUGUUUAAAAUUUUAUAUUUUAUUAUAAUAUUUUAUUAAUUAAUAUUGUUGUAAUAUGUUUAUAUAUGUGCUAGUUAUUUAUAAAAGUUUUAUGAAUUCAAACUAGUUAUGAUAAAUAUAAGAACCAUAUUAUAAAAUACAUAUAGUUUUGAAGUUAAGUUUAAAGUUUUGUUCUUAGAGAAGAACACCUUUAAACUUCAAAUAUAGAAUUUUAGAAACUUUAAAAUAGAGUUUAUUUCUAGAGAUGCUCUAAAGCAACCCUAUCAUCCUUUAUUCUGGCCCAAAACUCUAUUUAAUUCGCAUUAAUAAAAUCAGUUUGUUGCUCAAAGAAAAAAAUCUGUCACGUAUAUGUACUCACAUGUGUGUGUAUAUCAGGGUAAAAGAAUCAAGCACUAUUUGUAGUUGUAGUUUUUUUUUCCAGUUUUUAGUUUAUACCAUCAUCUAUUUGAUCCAAAAAAAAAAAGUUUAUACCAUCAUCUAUAUGAUGUUAGUUUGAUGUAAAACGAUACUCCUCUGUUUUUAUUGGUGCUUUUAACUUCUUUUUUUUUGUCACAAUAUUGGUGCUUUUAACUAAAACUACAAACAGAGGGAGUACUUUCAUAAGAAAUAUAACGUGUAUCUGAAACAAAGUAACAUUUUGAACGUAAGAUGCAAUGACAUUAUUUUAUACCCAACGAAAUAGACAAUCGUUAUAUCUUGUUUGUAUGUCCACGGGAAACAAAUUGGACUAGUUCGGAUAUGACAUAAUGACAUAUACUUUGUUUUAAACCCGACAAGAAUACGUAUGUUCUAGACUUGUAGAAAGAUGAUAUAUUAUACAUAUAAAAAGAAGAAUACGUUUGUUGUAGUAGACGCCAACACAUAAUAAUAAUACCGUAUGUUAUAUGUUUGUUGUACUAACAACAAGAUUUCAUACAUUUCAAACGAAAAAGAGAGAUUGAUGUGAUCAGUAUUAUUGCUUUUAGAAAACUAUUGAAGGUUCAGCGAGUCGAAUCCUUGUAAUAAUCUCUGUUCCAACGGGCAAACAUGCAGCUGUUAAAAACUAUCGACGCCGUUUGACCUAUUUUUUCUUCUUCUUUGUUUUCUUCCUCACUUGUAUUACUAUUUUAUUCAUCUAAAUUUUUUGUUCCAGCAGAAAAUGCUUACGUUUCUUCGCUCAUUACGAGAAUAUACUAUUUUUCAAUAUUGCUUCAAAAACUUUCUGUCAUGUUAAUUUGAUUUUAGAUAUAUGUUUAAAAAAUAGAUCAUUAGAUUAAAGGUCUCAACAUUAUUAUUUUAGUGUUUAGAGUGGAGUUUUGGGGAUAUAGUUUCCAAUUUUAAAAAAUAAAAGAUAAAUAGUAAAAUUUUAGUUAGCAAAAAAAAAAACAUUAUUAUUUUAAGUUUAUUCACUUGUUUUGCUUGCUUGCUAACAAAACAAAGUUUACUAGUUUAAUUAAUAUAUUAAUAAAAUAUCCAAUAUAUGACCUUGACCAAGACAAAUGUGCUAGGUUAGUACAUUAACGGCGUCAGUUGCCGUUAAUCCCAUUUACCAAAAUAUAUACUACAAGGGAAUCUCUUCUCUCUCACCAUUCAAUCACUUCCAUCUUUUUCAAAUCUCCUUUUCCCACUCUCUCUCUCUUUCGCUUGAAGAACAAGAUUGGUAUAUUUGUUACAACGGGCUAGUUUAUCAAUAUCUUUCACAAAUAAAGAAGAAGAAGGUGAUAUCUUUGAGGUUGAUAUCUCGAAGAAAAUGGGGAAGAAAGAGCAGAAAGAUCAUCAUUCAACAGUAGAAAGCGACGACAAAGUUGAAGCUGUUCUUCAUCUCCUUCGUAAACAUUCUCCUCUCACUCUAUUGCAGGAGAAGUUCUGUAACAGAGCUUGUGUCAGUAGAUUCUUGAGAACAAAAGGAGACAAUGCGAAGAAAGCAGCUAAACAGUUAAGGUCUUGCCUUUCAUGGAGAUCUUCUCUUGGCAUCGAGAGCUUAAUCGCUGACGAGUUCACGGCGGAGCUAGCUGAAGGUUUUGCUUAUGUAGCCGGCCUUGACGACGAGUGUAGACCCGUUUUGGUUUUCCGCAUUAAACAAGACUACCAGAAGCUACACACGCAGAAGCAGUUGACUCGUUUGGUGGUAUUUACAUUGGAGGUAGCAAUCUCAACCAUGUGCAGGAACGUCGAAGAAUUUGUCAUCCUUUUCGAUGCUAGCUUCUUCAAAUCAGCAUCAGCCUUCAUGAACAUACUUGUGAUUACACUCAAAAUAGUUGCAGAGUAUUAUCCUUGUCGUCUUUUCAAAGCUUUUGUCAUCGACCCUCCUUCUCUUUUCUCGUACCUUUGGAAGGGUAUUCGUUCAUUCCUGGAUCUCUCGACGGCCACGAUGAUUGUAUCGAUGCAGAAUUUCCAAAACUCGUUUGACUACGACGACUUCUCUUCUUCAUACCCAUCACGAGUCUCCUCCCUCCGUUUCGACACGUCAUCAAUAAAAUCAACGGACAAGAUCGGCUCCUGCGCAUCCUCUAGGUUCGCCUUCACCGUAUCUCGCGACGGUCUCGACACGGUCAAACCGUGGUGCCUCACGCUGACCGACACGUCAUCAUCGAAGCUAGGACACACAGGCGCGUACCUCUCACCGCUAAACGCGCGUUCUUUCUCCUUCGCGUCACCCGCGGCUAGGCGCGAGCCCAUCGGUGGACCCAGGAAAAGCUUUUUCGCUUCCACGCCAAUGCCAGCUAGAACGACUGACUGUCACUCUAUAGGAGGAACUCUCCGUGACCCGCGGGUACCUCGCCCGUCUUUCUUCCAGUCUCCGGCGGUGUUUUUCCGGCGAGAGUCACACGUCAGCAAAAUUGAGAAACCGAGGGAUACGUUCGUUCCUUUCCUCAAGUUCUAUCGUAGACCGUACGAUGAAAUGACUUAUAGGUCAAAGAUGCGGCCCCCACUCGGUGGUCUCGUCUCUAUUGUUUCAACGCAGAUUAGACGCCGCCACGUGUCUUUGUCUCAACGGUUCUAGCUUAUGAAGCUAUAGUUCAUUCACCUCAUGAAGAAAGUACGUAGUAGUAUAUAACUUUCGUUGCCAUUUUGUUACAAGAGGUUUCCAUUAUUGUUGACUUUUUCUAUCGUGUUAGUUCGUCACAUGUAUUUUUAAUAAUUUUAUUGAUCAAUUGUUUAUUUA